AUGGCCGAAUUCUCACUCCAAGCCGUUUUUCCGUCGCUUCCACGGACUCAACGGGGUUCUGCGGUUGUUUUGGGAACCACUCCAACCGGCGACAAAAUCCAAUACUGCAAUGGAAACUCGGUCUACACGGUCCCUCUGGACGCCCGCAACACCGCUGACGUCUACACCGAGCACGCGCAUCAGACGACGUGCGCGAAGACGUCGCCAACCGGAUUCUACUGCGCUUCCGGUGACAUUCAAGGAAACGUGCGCAUCUGGGAUACAACCCAGUCGACCCAUAUUCUGAAGCACACGAUUCCAGUGUUCUCGGGUCCAGUGAGGGAUAUCGCGUGGGAUUCAGAAUCCAAGCGAAUCGCCGCCGUCGGAGAGGGAAAGGAGCGCUUCGGACACGUCUUCUUGUUGGAUACGACCACUUCGAAUGGAUCGUUGACGGGGCAGAGUCGUACGAUGAAUAGUGUCGAUUUCAAGCCAACUCGGCCAUUCAGAAUUGUUUCUGGAUCUGAUGACAACUCGGUUGCCAUCUUUGAAGGACCUCCGUUCAAGUUUAAGAGUACCUUCCACGAGCACUCGAAGUUUGUCCAAUCGGUCCGCUACAACUCCGAUGGCUCCCUGUUCGCCUCCACUGGCAGCGAUGGCAAAGUGAUUCUUUAUAACGGCACGAGCGGUGAUAAAGCCGGUGUUCUGGAAGAUUCCAAGGGCGUGGCUCACUCCGGAACAAUCUUCGGUCUCUCCUGGUCCCCUGAUGGCUCCAGAAUCGCCACGGCGUCGGCUGAUAAGAGUGUCAAAAUCUGGGAUGUUGCUUCUCGGUCCCUGGAGAAGACCAUUGUUAUUGGAGCGAAGAUUGAGGAUCAACAGCUUGGAAUAAUUUGGACGAAGAUGGCGUUGAUUUCAGUGUCCGCUAGUGGAUUCUUGAAUUUUUUGAAUGCCGAUGAGGGGAAAAUUGAUGACGUCAGACAGGGACACAACAAGGGAAUCACGGCGGUGACGAUGAGUGCCGAUGGAAAACGAAUCUUCAGUUCUGAUGCUGAGGGACACUUGACAUCAUGGGACAUCUCAACUGGCGAAUCCACCCGCACGUCUCCCCACACCACGAUGAUCACCGGUGUCAAGCAAGCUCCAAACGGCGACGUCUACACCAUUGGCUGGGAUGACAAUCUCAAAAUUACCGAUGCUUCUGGAGGCUCCCCAAGAAUCUUCUCGCUCCCAUCGCAACCCGUUUCUCUGGCGAUCGCUGACGACGUCGCUCUCAUCGCUUGCUACAAACACGUGGCAGUUUACACCGGCGGAAAGAUCGUCGAGAAUCCGAUUGACUUCCACGCCUCAUGUGUGGCUGUUUUCAAGGAUACGGUAGCUGUUGGAGGAAAGGACGCAAAGGUGCACGUGUACAAAUUGAAAAGCGAUGGAGGGUUGGAGCUAGUGAAGGUUCUGGAGCAUGGAGCCGAGAUUACAUCGGUCGCGUUCUCGGAUAACGGGGAGUACUUGGUGGCGACGGAUUUGGCGCGGAAGGUCAUCCCCUACACUGUGGCUUCCGAUUUCACGUUGACUCAUACCAACUCGUGGACCUUCCACACUGCAAAAGUCUCCAGUGUCGCCUGGUCCCCGGACAACACUCGUCUCGCCACUGGAUCCCUGGAUAACAGUGUCAUUGUGUGGGAUUUGACCAAGACUGGAGAGCAUCCGGUUAUCAUUAAAGGCGCCCACCCGAUGUCGUCUGUCAACGCUGUGCUCUGGCUCGACGAGAAGACCGUCGUCUCGGCUGGCCAGGACUCGAACAUCAAAAUCUGGGAUGUUCCAGUUUGA